ACGUUGCGUUUUAUUCUGGUUAGAUACAAAAUAUGCAUAAUCAUAAAUAAUACAUGCAGUUGCAUGUCGGUAAAGGUUUUUUGGAUAUGUUAUGUGGUACGUGGUGCAAUGCCAUCUAUGCCAUCUCGACAUGCCGGAUCCAUUCGUCUGGCUCGCCCACAGUGGAGCAUUUGUGUCCCGGGAUGACCUGUUGAUGUCCGCCAAAGAUGGAGUGCUACGACCCCUUCUUCUUAUAAUAAAAAAUACAAAACCGAGUCGUAAAUCUUCCGUGCGGGAAUAUAAUACAUGGCCACCGUUGCGGAAGUUUGUUACAAUUACAUUUGUUUGAAGCAAAUUGGAUAUGACGGGAGAUCAGACGAGGAUAAACGGCGUUUUUUGUGCCCCAGCUCCAUCCCAUGCCCCAGCAAGCCGCCGUGCUGCAGCGGUCCCGUCUCCUCUAGAGCCCGCGGACCCGCCAUAGCGUUAUGGCUCAGACGCUACAGAUGGCGAUCCCCAACUUCGGCAACAACGUCCUCGAGUGUCUGAACGAGCAGCGGCUGCAGGGCCUCUACUGCGACGUCUCUGUGGUCGUCAAGGGCCACGCCUUCAAGGCCCACCGCGCGGUGCUGGCCGCCAGUAGCUCCUACUUCCGGGACCUGUUCAACGCUGGGGGCAAGAGCUCUGUGGUGGAGCUGCCCCCGGCCGUGCAGCCCCAGAGCUUCCAGCAGAUCCUGGCCUUCUGCUACACGGGCCGCCUCAGCAUGAACGUGGGGGACCAGUUCCUGCUGAUGUACACCGCCGGCUUCCUCCAGAUCCAGCAGAUCAUGGAGAAGGGAACAGAGUUCUUCCUCAAGGUUUCAUCCCCGAGCUGCGACUCCCAGGGGCUUCACACCGAGGAAACACCAACCUCUGAGCCUCAGAGCCCUGUCACUCAAACCGUGGGCGGGGCCUCUGCAGGAGGUAGGCCCACCCCAUGCCUGACCCCGCUGCCCCUGGUCUCCAAGGUGAAGACGGAGCAGGCUGCCUCCACGCCGCAGCAGGAGGGCUCCCCCUACUCGGUGGUCUGCACCCCGGUGGCCAAGCGUCUCUGGGAGGGCAGCAGUCGCGACGGCGGCGGGGGCCUGGGGGGCGGAGGGUCACGCAAGGCCGCCCGCUACUCCGCCGCCGCCUCGGCCGCCGCCCAGGACGGGCGCGGCGGCGGCGGCGGCAUGGUGGGCGGAGUCAUGACUCAGGGGGCGGGCAACGGCGUCAACGGCAACCACAACAACAACAACAACAACAACCACAACGGCGUGACGCCCGACGGGACGAGCCCCGGCGCGCUCAGCAUGUACACCAGCGACUCUCCCAUCAGUUACCACGACGACGAGGAGGAGGACGACAUGGCGGACGAGACCGCCGAAGAGCAGUACCGGCAGAUAUGCAACAUGUACACCAUGUACAGCAUGCUGAACGUAGGCGCCACAGUGGCUGGCGAGCGCGUGGAGGCCCUCCCGGACGUGACGGCGGAGUCCGGCGGCGGCGGGGGUCGCGGUGGGCGGGGCAGCCGUGCCCGCCAGGACCUGGCGUCCCUGCCCGCCGAGCUCAUCAGCCAGAUCGGGAACCGCUGCCACCCGCGCCUCUACGAGGAGGGGGACCCCGCCGAGAAGCUGGAGCUGGUCACCGGCACCUGCGUGUUCAUUUCGCGCGCGCAGCUCAUGAACUGCCACGUGAGCGCCGGCACGCGACACAAGGUGCUGCUCAGGCGACUGCUGGCCGCCUUCUUCGACAGGAGCACGCUAGCUAACAGCUGUGGUACCGGUAUCCGCUCCUCCACCAACGACCCGAGCCGCAAGCCCCUGGACAACAGAGUCCUGCACGCCGUCAAGUUCUACUGCCAGAACUUUGCGCCGAGCUUCAAGGAGAGCGAGAUGAACGCCAUCGCGGCGGACAUGUGCACCAACGCGCGGCGCGUGGUGCGGAAGAGCUGGAUCCCCAAGCUGAAGCUGCUGAUGGCCGAGGGCGACGCCUACUCCGCCUUCCUCGCCGACAGCGUCAAGAUGGAGGCUGACGCCCUGGUGGGGGCGGAGCACGGGUUUGACCCCGCCUCCCUGGAGGCCGUGGCCAAUAGCGACGCGGGGGGCGGGGCCGCGGCGGCAGCAGACGCCCUGCAGACGGCCGCGGCCGACGGCAGCACUUUGUUCUGAGUGGCGGGACGGAAAGAGAGAGAGAGAGCAGCGACGGGAAGUGGAGGCAGGCGCGAUCGCGGCGCCACUCUCCUUCGCCUCGGGUUUGAGGAACAAUUGUUUCUAUUUAAUUUCUUUUUCGUUUAUUUGGUUUCCUGUUUUAAUAGCGUCCUCUCCUCCUCAUGCUUGUUUUUUUGUUUUUCCCCUUCUGUUUAAUUCGAUCUCCAAACAUUUCCUAUGUCACUGGUUCGAAGAAGAGAGAGAGAGAGAGAGAGAGAGAGAGAGAGAGAGAGAGAGAGAGAGAGAGAGAGAGAGAGAGAGAGAGAGAGAGAGAGAGAGAGAGAGAGAGAGAGAGAGAGAGAGAGAGAGAGAGAGAGAGAGAGAGAGAGAGAGAGAGAGAGAGAGAGAGAGAGAGAGAGAGAGAGAGAGAGAGAGACCGAGGAGGGUGGGGUCGCACGUCCGCUCUGCAUGUGCGUUCAAACAUCCUACCAUGGGAUGGAAAACAUGUUUUUUUUGUUCAUCGAAAUAGUUUACGGUCACGUCUCCUCUCCCCUUAAUGAUGAUACCUUGACAUACAUUCCCAGAGAGCAGGGGCGGUCGGUGUGCGCAUGCGUGUGUCUGUUGCUUGAAGAGAAUAAUGUAGACGCUGCAGAAGAUGGGCGGGUUUGGAAAGAGCCCUCAAAACGCUUUCGGAAAGAAUGAAAGAAGUGCGAGGGUUUGAAAAUGUCGGCUACCACUGUUGUUCUGUUAUUAUCUUGAAUGUGUGCGUGUGGGGCGGGGUCGGGUAGGUAUGUUGGCACCGUUCUUUUUUGGAUGCUAAUCCCCUAAAGUUUUUUCAUUUGACAUAGGGCAGUGUGAUUUACUUUGUCCUCUCGAGUGAUGAUCCGUCGCGUGCUGGGCCAAAACUAGCCAAUGCUGCCCGAUGGCGAAGCUCAUCUGCUUUGGAAUUCCGAAUUUCUUUUAAUAUUAUCUACGAUAUCUUUCUCUCCCCCCCCACCUCCCAGAAACACCUAUUAUUUUCCCUGAACCUCCUUGAGACCGAUUCUGCCCUAUAAAUGUCUUGCCCUAUAUUUUUAAAUCAUUUGUCGCACCAAUACUUCCAACGGAGCACCGCUCGCAUAGUUUGUCGAAGGCGUGGGACAAAUGCACUGUGUUGACGUAGGAUUUUUUUUAAUUCCUAUUUAAAGCGGUUCUGAAAAACGAUUGAAGCAGAACAUGUUAAUGACGAGAUGAGGGCUCCCUGAGUGGGGUUUGUACACAGGUACGCGUGCGCUAUGUGUCUCCGAUCAAGCUGUGACCUCGCCUUGUGUGUACGUUUGAGCCCCCCCCGAUCAUGACGGGACCCGCAUGUCGGAAAACGGGGACAAAACUGAUGCCCCAGACAAGCUACUGCUUACCGACUGCACGCUCUGCUGGCAUGCACACAGGUGCUAAUUCAAGCAUUAGUACUCCGUGUGUGAAUAUGUUUGUGUGUGUGUGUGUGUGAACGCGCUUGCAUGCGUUUGGGUGUGUAUCCCUACAUGCACUGUAGCAGAGGGAGGCCAGAUGGCCAUUUUUUUUUACACAAUUGGAGCGCUCAUUCAUCCAUCAAGGCAACGUAAACACCGUGCACGCGCAAGCACACACACACACCCAUCCACCCACCAGCACACGCUCAUGCACGUUGUGACUGUGGUUACGGGGGGAGUCUGGUCUCGCUGCGGCAGGCAGCCGAGUGGUAACCGCCGGUGGAUGGAGAAGGAUCUCCUCCAUGACAAUCUAGAAGUCUUACUUAGAAUUGGACCUCCCCUGGGAGGUAGACACUGUGUUGGGGGGACUGUGCACUGAGACUCUGUCUCUCGGUUGGUUGGUUAUUUUUUACGAUGUUUGCCUGAUGCUGGUAGUGGUCGGAACGUUUUUAGUGUAGGGUUGGUAGGCUUUCUUUGUCGAAGGAAGGGCAACACCUUUUUAAAGCACCUUAUUGCUGCUGCGCCGUCAGAACUGUGUCUCUGUCUGUGUUCUCUUGGUACACACACACACUCAUAACUGCAAUGCCUUGCUUAACCAGUGAUGGGGCUGUCCAUGCUGUUCCUGUAUCGUGCUUGCAUGCUCUUUAAGCUCCAAGCACGGUCAAGGUUGACUGAAAGUGAAGACGUUUUGUGCUUGGCAAAGAGCCGUCUGUCGAGAGAUGAGUCUUGUGGGUGCAGGCUUUGGUCAAAUAUGAGUCUUUUGGGUGCAGUCUAUAGUCCAUUGACUCCUGUGGUUGCAGGCUAUAGUCAGGUGAGGCGUGUGGAUGCAGGCUAUAGUCAGGUGAGUCCCGUGGGUGCAGACUAUAGUCCAUUGACUCCUGUGGGUGCAGACUAUAGUCAGGAGAGUCCUGCGGGUGCAGGCUAUAGUCAGAUGUGAGUCUUGUGGGUGCAGUCUAUAGUCCAUUGACUCCUGUGGGUGCAGGCUAUAGUCAGGUGAGGCGUGUGGAUGCAGGCUAUAGUCCGGUAAGUCCCGUGGGUACAGGCUGUGGCUGUGAGACCAAGUCAAGAUUGAGGGGGUGGGAAAAAGAUGCAUUUGCACAUUUGACGUCUCCUUAAAAUGACAUCUUAAAAGCCCUCCCACCGCCUGAAAAACCAAAACAUCAACGUUGAGACAAAAGGAAUGGGGUGGUGGGCCUGGCAGGAGGAUGGAGAGAGAGUAUGGAGAAGAGGAGAGUGAAUCUCCCCAGAGAGGGAGGAAGAGUGAUUGUGUGAGGGGAUCGAGAGAGAAGGAGAGACAGAGAGACAGAGAGAGAGAGAGAGAGAGGGGAGGGAAUGCAGGGCGCUUGGAUUAUUCGUUCUGAAUGCAUGCAUGCGUGCUAUUGUGUGUGUGUGUGUGUGUGUGUGUGUGUGUGUCUGCCUCUUCCUUUCCAUUUAUGGAGAGCUGCGUGUUAGUGUGUGUCUCUUCACACCAAGUGCUUUUGACAGGCACACAGUGUGUGUGUGUAUGUGUGUGUGUUUCUUAAUGUACCCACAUGCGAAUGACUUUCACUCUGUGUGGGUGGUUUAGGUAUUCAGCCCGCAAGUUGUGUGUGUGUGUGUGUGCAUGCGCGUGUGUGCGAGACACUCUGUGGCAGACAAAAACAAACAUCCACUCAUCCCAACCUCUGCACACAUAUACCGCCCACUCACACGUAGACACAGACACCGACCAAGACACACACGCACAUAUACCAGACACGUACGCAUAGACACAUGUGGGACGCACGCGUAUAAACACACACACAUAGUCAGGCGCAGUGGUCUGCAGCGCGGCAUGCGAUGCGUCUGGUGUAUCAAAGCCUGGAGGCAGAGCGGCCAUGUUGCGGAGCCUGAAUCAUCCUGAGCGGCACGGUUACCAUUUUGGACGGCAUACAAUUAUCUCCCAGACUCCCUGACGCACACACACACGCUCCACUCACCACUCACCACGUCUCUCCCUCUCCUCCUAUUGUUCCUGCUUUCAUUGUCGUACAUUUUCUUCUAUUUGUCGUUUCUCGUUUGUUUGCUGUAGUUGUACUGGACUGGGCCCAUUCUGGUGGUUUAAUCCCCCCCCCCCCCCCCCUCUGUUUGCAUUCCGUCUACCUCUUGCCUCUUUCUGUCUGUCCCCUCCUGUCUUCCCUUCUUCUUGUUCGUCUCUCACCUCCACUCCACUCGUCCUCCCCUCUCUCCCUCCACUCAGGGACGCUCUGUACUUUGGAGCUUCAGCUUUUGUUUUUUUGGUCUCUUCGUUUCUUCUACUUUUCUUGUCCUCCUUUCCACCCCUUUCUUUUUUUAACCCCCCCCCCCCCUCUUACUGACUCUCUUCUGCUGUACCUUGGCGCCUCCCAUCUUCGCUAAGUCACAUGUCUCUGCCGUGUGUGUGUGUGUGUGUGUGUGUGUGUGUGUGUGUGUGUGUGUGUGUGUGUGUGUGUGUGUGUGUGUGUGUGUGUGUGUGUGUGUGUGUGUGUGUGUGUGUGUGUGCGCAGCACGUUUGUAUUGUGAGUCGGAAGAAGGGGCCCGUCUUUGUGCAUCCAUCCUCAUCAAGGGGACGGCUGGCUAAACAGUGGUGCUCAUUGCGUCUGUCGUGUCGCUAACGGAGGACGGCCGACCGUCGAUUCCCUGCCGGUGUCCUGCAUACCUAAAACAUGAUCCUGACCACAGCCAAUCGGAGGGCUGCCAGACGCCCCGCCAGACCGCCCAAUCAGCGGCGCGAGUUUCUAGGCUUGGAACAGUAGAGAGGAGCUUGUUAAAGAGUCCCCGAGCCGUCAGAGCAUUGCAGCACUCUGAUGUAGAGCGAGAUCAAACACAGCGCUCACAAAGAGAUGGAGAGACUCAGGCAGACAGAGGGGGAGAGAGAGAGAGAGAGAGAGAGACUGGGGGGGAGGGAGGGAGGCAAAGGGAGAGGAAUGUAUAGGGAUGAGAGGCACAGGGAGGGAGGGAGAGAGAGGGGUGGCAGUGACUCUGCUUGGCUCGGUGCCUCGGAGACAAACAUCAUGGGAUUGUUUGUUUAUGUAGUGGGGGCUGUGCAGAGGGGAGGGGUGUGACUGGAGAAAUGUCACCUCAUUGCCUGGAUUCCCUGUACCCUUCCCCUAGGAGAAUUGUGAACCGCGAUAAGGACAUUUGAAAUGAGACUGGAGGUUUUUUUAUUUCACUGUAGAGUUUCAGGGUUUUCAAACCAGUCCCAGGAAUGAUACGGUAUAAUUGAUUUUUCGGUACAAAUAUGUGACAAGACGUCUGCUGGUGACAGCUUGCAUACAUUUCCUAAAAUGGAUGCUCUUCCCCGAAACGCCCACCUUGCAGCCCAGUGAGUUUACAUUGUGUGUGUUUUUAAACGGAGAGCAGGAUGACUUUGGGACACUUCAGAGUCUCAAUGGUGUGGAGACUGACCAAAACUUUCCUAGACUAAUGUGGCACUAAUUUCAAUCAAUGUUGUUCUUUAAAAAAAUGCAAUCACGGUGUUGUAUGUAAUCAUUACUUCGUAAAACUUAAGAUGCCAUAUUACUAUUAUAAGUGUGGUGUGUCCUCCAGAGCAUAGCAGAAUUUACGCGCUGCAUCGAAUUCUCUGCGGUGGUACAUGUAAGUGAGGAUAAAACCCACUGGAAUCCAACUUGAGACAAUUGGCGCCAUCUGUCGCACAACAGUGGUAAUGCAAUUGUGCUUGGAAAUUUGCUUGAGCGUCGUUUGCCAUCCACACUAAUGGUGCUGUCCCAUUGGUCGCUUGUUCAUGACCAAUCAAAUUAAUACAGUUUGGAUGCUAGGACAAUGUUUGAGACAAGUAUGGAAUUUAGUAUUUUAGUUUUUCCCCUGAUCGAGCAGACGAGAUGUUAGUAUGUUGUUAAACGACAUCCAUGAUGGACUUCUCGUCUCGGUUUGAAACCGAACUCCCCCCCCCCCCCCCCCCCCCCACCAUUCAUUAUUUUGACAUUUUCCUUUAUAUUUCUUCUAAUGUGCGUUUUGUUACUGCUGUUUGCCUUCCUGUAUAGCGGCUUUUGCCUGAGCACAGUUUUUAUCGGUAAAGGUUGAAGCGGAAGAGGGCUAGAUCGUGUUUCUAGAGGACCUUUUAUAUACCAUAUUGGGAACUUAUUGGCAACAUACGUUUUUAUGUUUUUGUUUUUUUACAACCUCCAACCUUUGUUGGAGGUUGCCUGUUAUCUUUUGAGAAUUUCGUUUUUUAUUUUUGUGUUCAUAUUUUUUACAAUUGAACUAGUGUACUGUAGUCUUUUGAGAAGUUAUUUUUUAAGAAAAUUCUACUAAUAAUUCCUCAUUAACACCUGUAACUAGAGUUGCCAAGUCAUGUAGAUUAAAGUUUUAAAUGGAGAAAAAAAAGAAACUGAAAAGGAGAGAGGAGGUAUAAAGUAGUGUAGAAGAGAGAGAACUACAUAUUUUUGCAUAGUGAUUGUGAAUUACUGACAGGGGAAGGGGUGGGGCAGUUAACUGCUGGACCAGAGGGUUAAUUGUUAAUUGGUUAAUUGGCUAACCAAUUAAUAUUUAUUGGUUGGUUAAAUGUUCUUCUGCAUCUUUGUUAUUGUGAUGUGUGUAACUAUGGGAACCAAGCGACCUAGACGGAGGGUGACUGAUUGGUCCAAACAUGAGAAACACUGUCGGGUUCACUUUGCAAACAAGACACGCUGUGUCUGAAUGUCUGUUAAAAGUAUCUAUCCCACGGGACACAGUAUUAUCCCUGUCAUUUCCGUUGCCCUUUGGGGAUACGUCUUGCUCGUCCAACACAUUUCCAUUAGAAACAAACAUUGAGUUUUACCUUUACUUGACCUGGUCCUUGAUGGACCAGCUUAGCCUUUUUUGAGAAUAAACUAUUGUUGGUUUAAUCUGAUCAUUGUGACUGUCCAAACUGCCAUCUGGUGGCCAGGUUGGUGUAUUGCUACACAUAUAGCGGGUGGCAUGUGCGGUAUCUGUGGAUGACCAACAGGUGGCAGUAUACCUCAGUAGCAGUGAUGCCAAACAAUUAAAGCUAUUAUAUAAGUUAUAAUCAAGUCUCGAUCACUGUAUUCAACCAAGCACCUUAGGGCCAGAACAUAAGAGAGUUCUGCUCCACAUUUUUACAAUAUAUGACAAAAAAAUUACAUGCACACACCGUGGGAUGAGAAUGCCAAAUAUGAGUCGGUGGAUUUAUAACUGAUUUACAAAAAAAACGAAUCUUGAAAAAUAUCCUUAGCUGGGCAGUGUUUCAAGUGUGUUGGCUUCUCAAAACAUCGCCCUCCUCUCCGUCUGCCGGUAGGGCAGCUCUUGCUUCCGCCCAUCAUUUGGUCGCCCACGCCACAGGGAACAGUGACACGGAGGGGGUUGACGUGAUGAUUUAAUCAAAAUGAAUAACGUUCAAAGAAGCACCUUGUCGGUGAGUUCCCGCUGGCCUGGAAGAGAGGCCGCGGGUCCGAGCCUCUGCACCUUUCUGAGCAUGCUCCCCAAACGUCACUUCCUGUGUGUGGUAGGCGUGCCAGGUGAUGUGUGAGGGGUGGUGUUGUUGGGGGGUGGGAAGGGUGUAAAGUUCAGUCUGAAUCAAAUUUGUGGGAUUUUUUAUAAAACUCAUUUUUAUGAUCUUUUUGUAUGUCAUUUUUAUUUCUCCCUCUUGCGUCGGUGUUUGAAAGAAAGUACUGAAUAAUGUUGGGGGGACAGACCUUCACCUCCUCUCUCCCUUCCUGGCAGGUGUGAGGGGGAGGGGGGUGGGGGUCGGUGUCUCCACAUGGGGCCCCUCCCCCUCGGUGAAGGUGCUAUGUAGGAGCUGGCCGUUGGACCGGCCCCCCGGGACAGGUUUUUAAAGGCAAUUAGUUUGAAUUAUAAUGGGGAUCUUAAACGAUUUGGAAAUGGCCAAAGAAAUGACCGGAAACUUUUACUUCUACUACCACCACCACCCGUUGAUUUGGUAUUAGACGUUAUAGCCUACCAUAUAUCGUCGCCUGUCACCGUUCUACUGCACGUACCUUGUCAGUUAUUUUUUCUUGUUUUUUUAAACCUCCACCAAAUGUAUUCUAACAUGGAUACUGAGAGGGAAAAGAGGGCGGGGGGGGGGGGGGUAUUCACUUGGAAUGUUAUUUGUCUUGGAAAGCGAUCAAAACACUGGUGGGAGGAUGUUUGUUUCGUUAUUGUAAAGGAGGUUAAAUUCGCUGAUGCAACCAAAUCGACAAUUCCUCAACUGGCUGGAUGCCAAGUGGUGCAAAGGCAGAUUUUUUUGUUUCUUUAUUUUCUUGAUCUCUUGUCAGCCACUUCCCCCCCCCUUCCCCCCAUGCCCGGAAACCUUCAUGGCUGUAUUUUGUCUUGUUUCUUUUUAAAUAUUUUUUUUAUAUCUGCUAUUCUGUGGUCUAACAUUUCCCUGCUCUUUUAUAGUCCCACACACCAGAGACAAACGACACACACAGACCUCUGAAAUAUAAAUAUAUAUAAAUGCAUAUAUGAAUAUAUUUGUACACACACACACACAUGCGCUGUCGUCCCUCCAUAUGGACAAAGCAUCCGGGUGUGUGUGUGUUUUUCCGCUGAUGCAGUUUUAAAAGAACUUAAAAAUAUAAAAACAAAGUACCAGUUACCUCGGGAGCUCUCAGCCAUAGCAUUACAUUACUGACCACACAGGCAGGCGCUAGGCUACCAGCUAGCUUCUACGCGGCUAUGGGAAAAGGAAGCUAGACUAGCUGCCAAAGGCUCGGGGUCGGGAGGGGGGGAGGGGGGAGGGGUGGAAGGGCUUCUAGGGCCGGUGUGUGGCUGACUGCGCAGAUACAUAUCGGUUCGCUUUCAGGAACGAUACCUGGGGAGGCGCUUUGCAUCUCCAACCAAACACACGGAAACUAUAUCAGUUGCAGGGUAUUUGACGGCAGUCUGUCAGGACACUCGUUACCUCAGAUAAUAAAAGGUCCAGGGGUUUUACAUAUCACCUAGGCAACCAUGAAUGACUUUUACUUUCCUUGUCUCUGGUGUGGUAGGGCCAACUCCUCGGCAGAAAUCCAUUUGGUUUGUCGUCGUCCCCCCCCCCCCCCCCCUCCUACUACUACCGUACUACUACUCCUUGUUUUCCACUAUAAAUAUAUAAAUAUCUAAACUGUACAUGAAUACAUAGAAAGCACUAUCGAGGUUUGAUUGUUAGAUGUGCACUCGCAGCAUGAGCUUUUAUUCUCACCAUCUAUUAUUCCUUCAUAACUCGGAAAAAGAAAGAAUUACAUCUUUUUGGACAAAAAAAGUAUAUAAUAUCCAGAAUGCAGUAGCCUCAUACUGAUGUCAAAGAAUAUUGCCCACCCCUCUGUCCCUCCCCCCCGAUCCACCCUGACCCCUCCCCGUGCCCCGGCCCACCCGCCCCACCCCUUCCAAUGUACAUGCCAGUGCCCCCUCCCUGUUCCAUGUGUUCCAAGUGCCAAUAACUAUGUGAAUCCUUAACUGUGACCCAGUAAUAAAGAUAAUUGCACAUUAAAACUACUGUAAAGAUACAAGGAAAACAGACUGAGAAAAAAUAAGGAGAAAAAAAUCUGAAUAUCUUAAUAAAAAGGUUUGUAACAAAGA